AUGACGAUGGUAUUUGACGAAAAGGAAAAUGAUUUUGUUGGAAAGAUAAAUGAUUUUGGGAGAUAUCGUACGAGGAUUUUCAAUCAAGAUGAUAAACAUGUUUGGACUCUUCGAUUUGAAAAUUUUGCUUGUCAACAGAAUGAGAGUUUGAAAGAGAUGGAAAAAAGAUUCGAUUACAUGAUAGAGAAGUUAAAAUCAUUUGAUAUAAAUUUGACAGAUACUGAGCAGACAUUGAAGUUGGAGGCUGCUUUACCUGCUGAAUGGGAUGAUGUUUUAAAGGAAGUAAAAGAGAAUCUAGAAAAACUGAAUCUGGGAAAUUUAGAUAAAAUCAAUUUGGAUGUGAUUACUGAAAUUGAUAAGAGAAUCUGUACAUACAAGAAGGAAACAAAGGGUACUCCAAAGAAUGAAGAAUCUGUAGAAGUUGGAUCUUCAAGCUCUGCAUUAGCAUGCUCAAAAUGUGACAGCUUCAAGACUGAUAAUGACAAACUCAUCAAAAAUGCGGAAAGUUUGGCAUUGGAAAUCAAGAAGUUGAAAGAAGAAAAGCAGGCUGAUGAAAAACAGAUUCUUAUGCUUUCCUUGGUGAAUGAUGCUAGCAAUAGAAAAAGGUUGCAACGACAAGAAGGAUACCCGAUUGAGUGGGUUACAACAAGAACGCUUGAAAUGUUUGAGAGUGUACUAGUUAAAAGGAAAUAUGGUGGAGAGCCAAAACGCUAUGAUGGCAAAGAACUUAAAAAGAAAACUAUUAAGAAGGCUAAGGAAACACAGUUUCAAACAAUUGUUCAUGAACAAGCCAUACCCAAGACAACAUACAAAAUGCAGGGUGUUGAUGAAGAAGAUGCUGAUGGUGAUGAUGUUGACAAUGAAGAUGAAGUUGAUGUUGACAAUGUUGAUGAACAUGCUGAUAAUGAUUAUGAUGAGGUUGAUGAUGAUGAUGAUGAUGAUGAUGAUGAUGGUUUUGAUCAUGAUGAUCAUUAUGAUUAUGCUGAACUCGACCCUGAAGUUCAAAACGUUAUGCAAAUCAAUGAUGAGAAUGAAGAGGCUUUCUAUCGAAGGGUUGUGGAUGAAGAUGUAGAAAGCUAG